CCUUCAGGUUUAAUUGCAGAAAUAGUGGCGACUAAAACUCAACGACUAAAUGAAGAUGUAAGCAACUAUUGAACCAUGAGAGAAUAAGUAUUAUUUUUUGUAACUUGUUACCCAAAUGUGAUGUAUUAUAAUUAUUUAUUAACGAGUUCAUUAGAACUUGGAAAUGUGUAGUGAUAUACAUAAUUCUGUGCUCCUAAGCACUUUCUACAGUGGUAAAAAGAAACUGAGAAUAAUUUUUCACAAAGGAAAUAUUGUCUGGGACAAUGAGAAGCCUCCAUCUGAACAAUACACUUUACCAAUUGAAAACAUUAUAGCCGUUCAACACAAUUAUUUAAGGAAUACCCAUCCAUCAGAAAACAAACAAAUAGAUCCCAAUUCGUUUACCAUUCACUAUUCAGAAAGAGGAAAAUAUGCUAAAUGGGUUUAUAAAAAUGUGUCGCUAAAACAUUCAGACCCUUUACAAGUAUCAACAUGGAUUAAAACAUUACAAAAUUAUUUACAACGUGAGUAUCUACCUUCCCAUUCGUAA